AAUAGGUUUUACAAAAUCCAAUCAGCUGUGAUAUGAAAGCGCGUUAGCGGAUUAUUAGUUUUUAGACUUUGGACUUGAGAAAUAAUAAAGAUUAUUGUAUCAAUAACGCGGUAUUGCAUAGCAUAAUGUUUGGAAAUAACUAAAUAAAUUCAUAUUGUACAAUUAAUAAAAACCUGAAACCAUUACCAUUAUGUAUAACCCUGCUGCAACAGUCAGAAGAAUCGAUGUUUUGAUUCGUAUUUUGAGCGGCAGAAAAAGCAUUUUAGGGGCAAAUUGUGUUAGAGCUUAUUCCAGUGAGGAUAAAGUAACAAUCGGAGAUGUUUCUAAGGGUGUCAAGGAUCCAGAAAAGGUUGAAUAUGUGCCCAGGAAAUAUUUGACACUAGAUGAUGCCCAGCUGAAGUACCUGUCACAGAGUACACUCCGUAACUUGAGAUGGAUGAUGCAGAAGGACUUGUUGGGGCAGGACAUGUUCCUACUCGGGAGACCAGGUCCAGGCCGGAGAAAAGUAGCCCUCCAGUACUUGGAACUCACUAAGAGGGAAUUAGAAUAUGUAGCACUCUCCCGAGAUACUACUGAGGCUGACUUGAAGCAGAGAAGGGAGAUUCAGAGCUCAACCGCCAAAUAUUUUGAUCAGAGCGCCGUCCGUGCCGCCGUCAAAGGCCGAGUGCUGGUCAUCGAGGGCAUAGAGAAAGCAGAGCGCAAUGUGUUGCCAGUGUUAAAUAAUCUCCUUGAAAAUAGGGAGAUGCACCUGGAAGAUGGGAGGUUUUUGGUUCCCGCUGCUAGAUACGAUAAGCUGCUUGAGGAACACGGAGCCGAAGAGAUAUCAAAAUGGCGUCUCGUGCGCGUCGACGAGAACUUCCGCGUGAUCGCGCUAGGCUUGCCCGUGCCGCGGUACAGCGGGCAGCCGCUGGACCCGCCGCUGCGGUCCCGCUUCCAGGCGAGAGAUGUCGCCACUGCCGGCUACGGGGAACAUCUGAACAGUCUGAAAGAGGAGGCCCCCCGAGCGGAUCCUGCAAAACUGGAGCAGCUGCUGUCUGCUGCGUACGCGCUCAUCAGCACAGAGUUGCAAACUGUCAGACUGCCCGACUUCCCAGUGGACAGUCUGCAUACAGCCGCUCUUAUACUGGAGCGGGUACCAGGCAUUUCCAUAUACAAAUUGCUGUACCUCCUCUAUCCAUACAAGUCGUUUCUCACCAAAGAUCACAUCAGAAACGUUGAAGCUGUGUUACAUAACCUUAAAAUUGAAACCAAACCUAAAUGGAACAUCACAGCACAAGGCAUAGAGCCCAAAGGAAACCAAGCUUUAGUUACUGUGGAAGUGAACGGCGUUAAGUCGCAAUUUGGCGUGCCGUGCGGCGGAAGGAAGCAGACAGGGUUGGAUGAUAAGAACGUGGUGAAAACGGAGUAUCAGAGUGAGAUGCUGAAUGAGGUUAUGUUGAGCCAUAGCGUUGGUGACUUUUGUAUUGUUGGGCCAAAGGGCUGCGGCAAGAGUCUACUAGUUACUCAACUAGCGUCCUUACUAGGCUACACCAUAGAGCCGAUAGUCCUAUACCAGGACAUGACUGCUCGUGACCUGGUCCAACAGCGUACGACCCUGGACAACGGAGACACAGUGUGGAGGAACUCGGCCUUGGUCGAGGCAGCUUUGAAGGGCCACAUGGCUGUAUUGGACGGGCUGCAUAGGAUACAUGCGAGUACUUUGGCCGUUUUGCACAGACUAGUGCACGAUCGAGAGUUACAACUACACGACGGCACACGAUUGUUACGUCACGAUAGAUACGACGAUCUUCUGGCCACCGGCGUGACGUCACAGCAGCUAGAAGAUAGCGGGGUCAAGAGGAUACAUCCAGCAUUUAGAAUAGUGGCCUUAGCUGAGCCGCCUAUAAUUGGCCGCGGGCAGCAGUGGCUGUCUCCCGAGAUACUCAGCCUGUUUAUAUUCCAUGAAAUGCGGAAUCUUAGCAAACAGGAAGAGAUAUCUGUCAUCAAUACUUUGUACGGUGACAUAUCGAAACCACUUCACUCGAUAAUCGACUUAGCUGACGUAUUACGCAAUUCAGAAGACAGUACUCUCAAGAAUCUAUCUUCGUCGUUAUCCACCCGUCAACUUCUACGAAUCGCCCAACGAAUGUCUAAAUAUCCCACCGAAUCUGCAUACGAGACUGUUCAAAGGACUUUCUUAGCCAAAUUCCUGCCUAAUUUAGCCAGGAGGGCACUAGAUGGCGCUAGCUCCAAUCUUGGUAUAGAACCGCCAAGUCGAUUCGGAAUUUUCGGUAACAAUCCUACCGAGAAAAAAGUCAGCUGUUCAGUUAAAAAUGGCGUCUUAACCAUCGGCAAAACGAGCACUGAAAUUUUCAAAACGUCAGCUUUGACUAAAGUACCUGACAUUUUAUUCUACGACGUUCCACAGCAUAUAAAACUAUUAGAAUGGUUGUUACAAGACUUCUUGCUUGGUAACCAUUUGUUACUAGUUGGCAACCAAGGUGUAGGUAAAAAUAAAAUAGCCGAUAGGCUACUACAAUUGCUGAAUAGACCUCGAGAGUACAUUCAGUUACAUAGGGACACGACAGUGCAGUCUUUGACGGUUCAACCGACUGUGAAAGACGGGGUUGUGGUUUAUGAGGACUCGCCUUUAGUUAAGGCCGUGAAAUACGGUCACGUUUUGGUCGUAGACGAGGCAGAUAAGGCGCCUACACACGUGACGUGUAUUUUGAAGACGUUGGUUGAGAAUGGGGAGAUGAUUUUGAGUGAUGGUAGGCGGAUAGUGCCAAAGGAUAUGCUGCAAAGUUCGGGAGGUGACUUGAAGAGUUUCAUUCCGGUACAUGAUGAGUUCAGGAUGAUUGUGCUGGCUAAUAGGCCUGGAUUCCCGUUCUUGGGGAACGAUUUCUUCGCGUCGUUAGGUGAUCUGUUCUCCUGCCAUGCCGUGGACAACCCGUCUAUAGAGUCGGAAAUGGAACUCCUCCGGUCUUACGGGCCGGAUGUACCGCAUGACGUCAUGAAGAAGCUGGUGCAAGCAUUCGCGGUGCUCAGAGACAAGGCUGAUCAAGGGCAGCUAACCUAUCCGUACUCAACAAGGGAGCUGGUCAAUAUUGUUAAACAUUUACAGAAAUAUCCCAAGGAAGACCUCGCCACGGCAAUUGGCAACGUGUUUGACUUCGAUCGUUACAGCAAAGACAUGGCCGACACUCUACUGGAAGUGUUACAUUCUAGUGGAUUGCCCACUGAGGGGGUUUUAGAGGGAAGAUCCAAAGACGCUCUCAAAAAGAUUCAGAUGACUAUUGACAGACAUAGCGGCAAAGACGUGUCAUCCCCCAAGCACGGUAAAGAGGACCCCAAGAACGAGCCGCACGUGGGGGGCAACACGUGGGCGGGGGGCUCCGGGGGGCGCGACACCGCCGGGCUCGGGGGGAAGGGGGGGCCUUAUAGGCUGGACAAGGGACACGACGUACAUCAGCUUUCAGACGCUGAAAAAAACGACGUACCCGAGCACGUUAAAAAAGCGGCGAGAGAAAUGAAUCGCAAGGCUUUCGAAGAGAGACUCAAGGAGAUCAAAAUGAGCGAAUAUGACGCUAAACUGUACGGACAGUUCCUAAGAGCGGUGCAGCCUCAGAUAGGUGCCCUCCGCGGCGUGUUGGCUGAGCUGCAAGCCAAGACAAAAGAGCGGCAGUGGAGUCGACACCAGACCAGCGGGGAGUUGGACGACGGGAAAAUUAUAGAAGGUCUGGCGGGCGAGCGAGCCAUCUACCGCCGUCGCAGCGAACAAGAACCGCCGCCGGGAGCCCCGCCGGACAAACCCAAGCGGCUGAGGCUAGUGCUGGACGUUUCUGGAAGCAUGUACAGAUUCAACUCGUACGACGGGCGUCUAGAACGUUCCAUGGAGGCGGUAGUCCUCCUCACGGAGGCCCUGAAGGGCUACGAGGCGCGCAUCAGGUACGACAUGCUGGCGCACUCCGGGGAGGAGCACGCCCUCCAGCUGGUUACCGCGGACCGCGUCCCGGACAACGAGAGGGAGAGAUUGCAGAUAAUUCGCACAAUGCACGCACACUCCCAAUUCUGCUGGGCCGGCGACAACACUCUGCCGGCCGCCAAGCACGCCAUCUCUACGCUGGCAGCCGAAGAUUGUGACGAAGCGAUCGUUCUUAUACUCUCCGACGCUAACCUUAGAAGGUAUGGCAUCCAACCACAAGAGCUGGGCACAAUAUUGACAUCGGAGCCGCGAGUGCAGGCGCACGUUAUAUUCAUUGGAAGCCUGGGAGACGAAGCUGCAACGUUGCUACGCCAUCUGCCGGCGGGUCACGCACACGUCUGCAUGGACGUCGCGACAUUGCCUCAAAUCAUGCAGCAGAUCUUCGCAUCCUCUUUGCUACAGAGCUCAUCGUGAUCUGCACUAAAUUGAAGGAACCGGUCCAGAGCGAGUCGGGUUCUAAUUGCCAUCCAUGAAGCUGAUGAUAAAUGAUAUUACAGUACUACAGUACACUUUUAUACUCGUAAAUCGCAUCGGGAAUAUUCGGCAGCGUACCUCGAACUACCGCCGAAUUGAACCGAACGAAGAGUCAAUAAAAUAAAGACCUUAUUACAAGUACAUAAAACUUUAAAUAAAAAUAACAGAAUAUCUCUUGCUAUCUCCCUCAUAAAAACGGACUUCAGUUCGCGGGUUAAAAUUGCGCGCUCUGAUUGGCUCAAAUAUUUUUGCGCCAUUUGACCAUUUCCAGAAAAAGUGCGAUCGGCAUUCAAGCGCAAGGAGUUAAAACGAUUUUUUUUAGCUCUGAACAGUUAUAUAAAAAUGUGGUAUCAUCACUCUUUUUUAAUGCAGAUCAUAAUUUUAAAUAAAGAAUAAUUAUGUAUCUAUGUAAGUGAAAAUAAUAUAAGUGGUAUUUUAUAUUACUUAGUACUAUUUAUUUUCUGUGAUGAUGUUAGAAAAAUAUACAUUUUAUGAUAUAAUUUUAUUAUGUAUAUACUGUUAUAUAGUUGUAAGAAAAUACAUUUUUGUAUCGCACGCUACCGUGACUACCUCAUGGAUAUCUAUUUUUAUAUAUUUUUGACAUAGUAAUAUAUUUUGUGAAAUUUGAAUAAAACAAUGUUUUCUUA